GCACGAUGAUAACCAACUCCUCGUCUCGUCGCUAUAAAGAAAAACCGCCUCCGGGAGCCUCCACGAUCCAGUCGGUCGAUCGAGCACGGUCGGUGGAGCUAGCUAGCAGAGGCCAUUGAUCGACACCGCCGAAACCCUCCCUCUCGUCGAUCUCGGCUCGCCGAUGGCAACAACCGCGACGACGGGCUCCGCUGCCGCCAACCGACGUUUCGCCGUGGCCUGCGGCGUGCUCAGCCGGUUCGUCAAGGCGGCCGGCCCAGCGCCGGUGCCGAUGCCGAUGUCGGCGUACGGCGCGGCGGCGCGCGCGGGGACCGAUCAGGGACCAGACGGCCCGCCGGCUGACGGGGCGCAGCAGCUGACGAUCUUCUACGGGGGGAGGGUGGUGGUGCUCGACGGCUGCGCGCCGGCCGGGGCCGCCGAGCUGAUCCAGUACGCCGCGGCGGCGGCGACCCCGCCUGCGGCCGCGCCGGCGACGGAGCUGGUGGACAUACCCAUCGCGAGGAAGGCGUCGCUGCAGCGGUUCCUCUCUAAGCGCAAGCACAGAUCCGUCACGGUCCUCGACGGUCCACCGUACAGUCGUCCGCAGGAGGCGGCGCCGCCGCCGCCGGCGAAGAAGCGCAAGACCGAAGCUUCUUCCUGGCUCGCCCUGGGUAGCUUAGGAGACAUGCACGCGCACUGGUCCAUCGCCUAAACAUGCGUGACAACAUACAUCACAGCUUCCCUGCUGGCGGUGACAAGUGAAGUGGAUUUUUUUUUUUCGGUUGUGUGUGAGUAGGAUGUUAUUUACCAACUACUGAUAUUGCCGAAAUUUAAUUCGGAUAACGGGUGCAUAUGCUCUGUCCAUCUAAAAAGUAUAUUUCUAAGUAUCAAAAAAAUUCGCACGUAUACAUACAAUUUCUUCAAAUGACUAUAUUUUUUGCGGUC